CUGAGCUCAGCGUGGAACCUGCAUUGGCUGCUAUUAAAUCAUGAUGCAAAAAUCAAGAUUCAUCAAUAACAGACCUGUCAUAACAUUGGUCUACUAAGGUUGUUGAAAUGCCACGUCGUCGUGGAUGUCGAUAUAAGCCGGACAACUUCUGCUACAUCUGUGGGAAGUUCACUUUUGCCAGAAAUAGGAAGAAAAUUUCUUAAGUCAUAAAGAAAGCAUACAAACAUUACUUUGGAGUAGAGGUAGGAGACCAAGAUAAAGAAUGGGCACCACAUUUCUGUUGUGCUACAUGUUACUGCAAACUAAUUCAGUGGUGGAAAGGUAAAGAGAAUGUGGCGUUGUUUGCUGUUCCCAUGGUGUGGAGGGAGCCUAAGGACCAUGUUACUGAUUGUUAUUUCUGUCUAACAAAAAUUCAGGGUUUUACAAACAAAAUGUCGAAGAGGCACAUUGUUUACCCAGAUUUGCCUUCAGCGAGAAUGCCAGUGCAGCAUUCCAACAACCUUCCAGUACCUUCAAGAGCUCGAGGUCAAAUUCCGAGUGACAGUGAAAUAAGUAGUACUGAAGAAAUCACAGAUGAUGAUUCUUUAUAUCACUGCACAAGUGAGUCAUCGCCACAUUUGUUAACACAGGCAGAUUUAAAUGAUUUAGUACAUGAUCUAGGACUAAGUAAACAAAAGGCGCAGCUGCUUGGUUCAAGAUUACAAGAGUAUAAUCUACUGCACCAAAGUAUUAAAAUCAGUGCGUUCAGGCACAGAGAACAUGCCUUUAUUUCUUAUUUUUCAACUGACGAAGCACUGACAUUUUGCAAUGACGUUGCUGGCCUGAUGAAAGUGCUGAACUUCACUUAUAUUUCACAGGAGUGGAGACUUUUCAUAGAUGCAUCGAAAACAAGUCUGAAGGGUGUUUUGCUCCAUAACGAAAAUAAAAUACCCUCUGUUCCAGUAGAUUACGCUACUUUGACAAAAGAGAAUUACGAAUUCGUACAAAGGAUGCUAAAUUCAUUAAAAUACAAUGAACACAAAUGGAAAAUAUGUGCAGAUUUCAAGGUAAUUACUAUGGUACUGGGAAUGCAACAAGGCUACACAAAGUAUGCCUGUUUUCUUUGCGAGUGGGAUAGUCGAGACCGAAAUUCUCACUACGUGAAAAAGAAAUGGCCUAGGCGAAGAUGGAAAGUUGACAAAAAGAAUGUACAACGUGAAAGUCUGGUAGCUCCUGAAUAUAUACUACUUCCAUCGCUUCACAUCAAACUUGGCCUGAUGAAACAAUUCGUGAAGGCCAUGGAUCCAAGAGGCUGUGGGAUUGCAUAUCUAGCUACCAAAUUCUCCCGUCUUUCAGCUGCAAAAAUAAAGGAAGGUGUAUUUGUGGGUCCACAAAUCAGGGAGAUGCAGAAAGAUGCAAAUUUUGAACCAUGUUUAACUGAUAAAGAAAAAACCACAUGGGACUGUUUCAAGAUGGUGUCGGAAAACUUCCUCAGAAGAAGAGGAGCUGCUAACUACAAAGCAAUGGUGAAGGAUAUGAUCAAAGCAUAUCAGGAUUUGGGGUGCAGUAUGUCUUUGAAGGUACAUAUGAUGGACUCUCAUCUGGACUACUUCACAGAGAGUUGUAGUGACGUAUCGGAUGAACACGGGGCAAGAUUUCAUAAAGACAUUUCUACCAUAGAAAGGCACUAUGAAGGGAAGUGGGUACCUUCUAUGUUACCAGAUUAUUGCUGGAAUAUCAUUCGAGAGAAGAAAGGUUCACAAUACAAGAGAUAAA